GUAAUACAAUUAUGUAGUUCUUGAUUUAGGUCAAAGCACUAAACUAACUAACUUAUUAACCCUUUUCCCCUCAUCGUCAUCCGCCGUUCCCCCCACCAGCCCGAUUUGAACGUGAACUCCCAUAUCUCUGGCUCGAGUGUCUUUUAUGCCUUCGUUCCGACUAACUAACCAUCGACGGAGAUCCCAAUCCGCUGCUACUCCGCCCAGUCAUCGAAUAACUGACAGCUCAAGACUGGGAUCUGUAAGGAGGUCACGACCGCAUUCUUCCCACAUUUUUGACUUCAGCUCGUCCUGUAAUCGAGGUCUUGAGACAUGGAAAACUAGGAAGCGGAGAAGAGACUUUUCGUGUUCGGGACUCAGCUCUGACGACGACAUCCAUGAAGACGAUCCGGAAAUGGAUAAUGACGCAUGCAUGAUUUUUGAUAGGGACACACCUACACCCGCCUUUGCUGCUACAUCCGCCGAGUUCCAUCUAUCUCCUCGUCCUGGCAGCCGUCCCCGUCAUUCAGCCCAUGAUACCCUUCUCGAUUCUGAAAAUACCCCCACACUUCAUGAACUAAGCAGCUUGCGCUCUAACGCUUUUUGGGAGUUGCAACGAAGUGUAAUGGAGAAUGGAGAAGGUCUGGUACGGCGGAUGCGCGACUACGAACGUACGCGUUCUCGAGCGGACACUUAUAUCAAAGUAAAGGAUGCCUCAAAACGGGAGAAAAAACGGUCAUCUCUCAUCAGUUUCGACAGGAGGGCUACCUCCCCGUUACAUGAUGAGUGCGACGACGACGACGACAUCCAAAUAUAUUCCGGUGAUGUUCCACAGCCUUUUCCUCGGCGCGAAGUUCGUCACAAAAUAUCGUCCGGGUCCGAUACCCUUAUGGAUGCUUGGUCAGCUCCCAGUAGCGAGCGGUGUUCAUCGCCUAGUUCUUUCUACAUGACUGACGAGGAGCACCUGGUUGCUUCCGAUAUAAAUGCCCACAACAGCGUCUCGGGGACCUUAGGAAGCUCCCCUUCCGGUUUUGGGGGCAAAAAUUCGACCCAUCCAUCAUUCAUUAACUCAUCCCGCUCGGAAAAAGCAAUCGCCGCCCUCACCUUGGCUCUAGCGAACGGUUCAGCUGGCCUAAACGAUUAUGAAGCUCUCAGGAAUCUACAACCUGUCUUAGCUUUGGAUGACAGUCAAGUGGGAGAAAUGUGGCAAUGAAGAGAGGUAGCCGCUGUAUAUUAUUUCUUUUGGUUCUAAUUUUUUGUCAUUCACGGAGAUUGACCAGGAGCUUCCAAUUAGUAACUGACACAUAAUAACUUGGCAUCCUUUCGACUCACGCAAAAUGCAUAACAUCUUCCU